GGCUCCAAGAACAUCAUGACAUUCGUAAGGAGGACUCGGCAACGAUCGCCCAUUCUUUGCUGGAGUCACCCAGCACCUCGCCGUCACGUCCUUGUUCCCACACCGCAGACAGAGCACAACGCCAGCAACUUCUGCGGCCGUCCUGAUCCCGGUGCAGGCGCUACAUCGCUCCAGCGACACAGACCCCGACCGCUGCAUCCCUCCCGCAUGUCCCGGCCGGGCACCCACAGCACCUUUGAAUCUCCACUGAUGCAUGAAGUCCCAGAGCGCCAAGGCAGCAGCACAGACAGUUCUGCAAGCAGUUUGGGAAGCUCUGUCACAGCAUGUAAGAAGGUUCUCUGCAGUAACAGUCUGCUAGAAUCAACAGACUACUGGCUGCAGAAUCAGAGGACACCAUGCCAAAUUGGCUUUCUAGAAGACAAGUCGGAAAGCAACUGUGCCUCAGUUUGUUUUGUGAAUUUAGAUGCCAACAGAGAUGAUUGCAGCGAUGAGCAAGUGAAACAGAAGUUGAUCAGCGUCUCACCAAACCUCCCCAAACUCAUCAGUUCGAUGAACGUACAACCACCAAAGGAAAAUGAAAUAGUCCUGCUGAGUGGAUUGGCAUCAGGAAACCUUCAGGCCGAUUAUGAGGUUCCCCAGUGUCCUUGGCUGGCAGAUGUCUGCUUGGUUCAGUGUGCGAGGGGGGACAGGAGAAACAGCCCAAGCUGCAUCAUUUUUGAAAUAAACAAGUUUCUGAUUGGACUUGAGCUCGUUCAGGAGAGGCACCUGCAGAUAGAAACUCGUGUCUUAAAGCCAGAGGAUGACACAAACUGCUCCGUGUCCUCAAUAGAAGAAGAUUUCCUCACGGCAUCUGAGCACCUCGAGGAUGACAACGAGGCUGAUGAAUGCAAAGCGGGUCACGAAAAAUUAAACGUUUCAGAAGCAUCUUCAGAUGUCAAAAAAAAUAAAGGAAAGGGAUUUGAAAAUAUUCACUACAGAAAAGCCAGGUUGCCAUUCAUUCCUGAAGGAAACUGCAUUAAUAAAGAUAACGGAGCUACUCAAGUCUCUGAAGCUGUGAAUGUUGUGGCUGAAAAUGGCCUCUUACAACCUGAACAUAAAUCAGACCAGGAAAAACUGUGGCAGAAGGAAUUAGCUGAAAAAGCUACUUCAUCAUUUAGUGCUACUAAUUUGACUGAUGAGGUUGAAAAUUCCUGCCCAGCGCUCAUGUUAGAAGAUGUAUCUUUAACCAAAAUGGCUAAAGAGGAGCUGGAGCCUCUGUGUGACGCAACAACAAAACACAACAGUAAGACAGAUGGGGAAGACUGUGCAGGUAUCAGGAAAACUGAUCCGCCCUCACAAAAUGAGCAAGGGACCACAGGUCAGUAUGCCACAAAUUUGGCAGAAUCUGUUCUGCAGGAUGCAUUCAUUAGACUGUCACAGUCCCGACCCAGUUUCAGUGAGGAGGCUGCAGUCAGCAUCUCUGUGGGAAGCUCCGGUAAGUCAGAGGACGUAUCUGCUUCCCGAUCAUGGAAUGAACUUCCAAAGAUUGUCAUAGUGCAAAGUCCAGACAGUUCUGAGAACAUACCUGACUGGCCAGGGUCUGCCUUCCCCAACCUGUGCCACUGGACCGAGUCAGAAAGCUCUGCUGAAGUUUCAGAUUACUUUGAGGAAGAACAUUCAAACGGACAUGACCAAAGUGCACUGGAAGUGGCUCUGGCUUGUGCAGCCACUGUCAUUGGAACCAUUUCCAGUCCCCAGGCUGCAGAAAAAUUCAGAUGGGACCAAGAAGUCGCAGACUCCCGAAGCAGAGUGGUAGUAGAUGAAGAGGUGCACACAGCACCUUCACAGCCCCUUGAUGACUCUGCUGGCACAGAAUAUUCCUUUCCAUCUGCGCUGUGUGGCAUGACUCAAGUAGCGAGUGCUGUGGCCAUCUGUGGUCUGGGGGAAACGAAGGAGGAGAAGUACCCUGCAACUUCAAGUGGACUUCUGUCUGCUGCUCAGGCUUCUGCAGCCAUUACUCUGCACUGUAGCAUAGCUAUAGGAAGCAGCAUGGAAAAGCUAAAUGAGAGCAUUGCAGAGGCGCUUCUCAAAGAGGCAUCUGUAAUUUUGACAAAACCCAACACAUACAAAAAUGUAGGGCACUUUAUGGAAUCCAUAAAUGGGAAAAUUAUUGAAACAGCAGCAAGGCCACGUAUUCCACGUGCUGAUGAAGUAAUCAGGGAUGAACUUGCGCAAAACUUAUCCAAUAUUAUCCUACGACAUUCUAUGGAAGAGGUUAGGAAGAAGAGACAGCUACACCCCCACUCAGAAAAUGGCUCAAGUACACAAGACAUUUUCACAGAGACUGCAAACGAGUUGCUUUUUAAUAUAAUAUAUUUCACUUGCAAGAAGAUGAACGACAUAAGGCAAGUUGAAGAAUGUUCUCCUCUCUUUUCUGAGGGCAGAAAAGCAGAGAAAGUAACAAGAGUAGAAGGAUGGUCAACACCAGCAACAGCAUGUGAAACUUCUCACAGCCCCCUUGAUCACUCUGCUGCUAAGCCAUUUGGUACAUCCUACAGUACCAGUACUAGCAAAGAUCUUGGAAAUGUCACAACCACUUGGAAAAGUAAUAUGAUAGAUGUAAAUAGCAAUGAAGGUGCCACACUGAGCUCAGAACCAAGUGGAGAUACAGAGCAUAACACACUUGGUGGAAAAACAUCUCCCAAGAAGAGAUACCUGAAAAGAACCGCACGAGACUGUUACAAAUCCCCAAAUCAGAGCAACAAUCAGCAUCAGAAGAAAGAUUACAGAUCAUUUUCAAACAGAGAAAAUACCUUUGCAAACAAUGAAUGCAGACAUGGUGUUCAAGAACAGCUGUCUUCCAGUGCCACCACAACUGCAGAAAACCAAGCCAAGCAUAAGUGUGAUUCUGUGCUAAAUAAUGAUGUUCAACUUAGCUUGUCUUUAUUAGGAAACCAUGUCUUGCUUCCUUCUCAGCCUGUGCUACAGGUGAAAAAUUCAAGAGACAAAUAUUGUAUAACAGAUUUUGCAGAAGAAUUGGCAGAAACAGUUGUCUCUAUGGCAACAGAAAUAGCUGCCAUUUGUCUAGAAAAUUCAAAUGGAAAGCAACCCUGGUUCUGUGCAUGGAAGAGAGGCAAUGAAUAUCUAGUGACCCAGAGUUUAUCAUGCAGAACCAUGAAAAGGAAAAAGGAAACCCAUACUAAUGGCUCAGUGGUUCGGAAGCACAGGGCACCUCGACUAAGUGAGAUCAAAAGAAAAACAGAUGAGCAUCCAGAGCUAAAGGAAAGACUGAUGAAUCGGGUAGUAGAUGAAUCUAUAAACCUUGAGGACACACCUGAUUCAGUCAAUAUCUUUGCAAAUGAAGUGGCUGCCAAGAUCAUGAACCUCACUGAACUCUCCAUGGUUGAUAGCAUCUGGCAAGGUCCAAACCACCCCAGGAACAGACUGCACUGUGAAAGAUGGAGUCGAGCCAAGGCCUCAAGCUGUGAGAGCAUUCCUGAGGAGGACUCGGAUUCCAAAGCCUCUUUCAAUACCCUAGGCCUAAUGAACAGCUUUGGUCAGUCUAUGAGCCAGACAAGUUCUGUCUCAAAGCAGUCUAGUUGUGAAAGCAUUACAGAUGAAUUUUCAAGAUUUAUGGUGAACCAGAUGGAAAAUGAAGGAAGAGGUUUUGAUUUGCUACUGGAUUACUAUGCAGGAAAAAAUGCAAACAAUAUCUUAACUUCUGCUUUGCAACAGGUAGCCAAGAAAAAUGGCCAUCUUAAUGUAAGACCGAGUUGCCCAUCCAAACAGUCCAGCACAGAAAGUAUAACAGAAGAAUUUUAUAGGUAUAUGCUAAGAGAGAUCGAAAGGGAAAAUAAAGAUAACCUGUAUUCCCCUCGGAAUUCAAAGGACUGGUGUGACAGUUUGCUACCACCGUCUCUACGGUCACCUUUUUGCUUUAGGCAGUCAUCGAUGCCUGACAGCAGAUCAUCAGGCUCCAGGCUUACAGUUAAUGUCCCAGUUAAGGCAAAUUCCUUAGAUGGAUUUGCCCACCACCGCCAAGAUUCCUUAAGUGUGCAGCCAGCCAGUACCGUGGCUUCUUCAGGUCUUUGCAAGUCUGACUCGUGCCUGUACCAAAGAUGCAAGACUGACCAGAUAACAGAUAUGUUGAUUCACGAGACGUGGGCGAGUUCUAUCGAAUCUCUGAUGCGGAAGAACAAAAUCAUAGCAGAUGAGGCAGAGGCUGCAGAGGCAGAGCAGUUUUACAGCGAUUCCCCACCGCACGUGGAACAAUACGCAAAAAGACUGGCCGCAAAUAUUGUUGAAAGUGGUAAAAGUUUAAUUGUUGUCCAGCAGGAUUCCUGUGACUAUACAAGCCGAGAACACGUGCUGGAAAGCAAACAUCCCCAAAGCACAGCUCAGAUACAAUCGAAACCCAAAACGGAAGAAGUAAAUUUGGAUGAGAAAAAAGAGCACGUGAAGAGCCCCGGGAGCCUCCCUGCAGGUCAGCACAGGGAAGUGCCUUUGAUUCAGAUAGAAAGUGAUCAACGAGAUGAGCCACAUAAAGACUCAGAGUCCUUAACUUCAUGUGGCCCUUCUGGAAAGGAGCAUCAAAGCAAAGAAAAGCCUCCAGAAGCUUUGGAUGGCAAACACACUGUUUCCAGUUCCCCAGCAAAUAGCAACAGCCCUCAGAGCAGAUCGGAUGCUGAAAUCAUAGGAGAGACAAAAGCAGCUGAAGAAUUCCCAAACCAUCUCAGCAGCAGUGAAGAAAGCACUGGCAGCUGGUCCCAGCUAGCUAAUGAUGAGGACAAUCCUGACGACACAAGUAGCUACUUGCAACUCAGCGAGCGAUCCAUGAGCAAUGGCAACAGCAGUACAACUAGCAGUCUUGGCAUUAUGGACCUGGAAAUUUAUCAGGAGAACGUGCCAUCUUCUCCUAUGAUUAAUGAAUUAGUAGAAGAAAAGGUUUUCCUUAAAGAACAGACAGAAAAUACAGACGAAAGUACUUCUGAGCUUUCAGUGGGAACAGCCAACUGUCAAAGGGACCUAUUGGUGAUAAACUUUGAUCUGGAACCAGAGUGCCCCGAUGUGGAGCUGCGAGCCACCCUGCAGUGGAUAGCUGCUUCUGAACUUGGAAUUCCAACCAUCUAUUUUAAGAAAUCUCAGGAAAACAGAAUUGAAAAGUUUUUAGAUGUUGUGCAGCUAGUUCAGCGGAAGUCCUGGAAAGUGGGGGAUAUCUUCCACGCCGUGGUGCAGUACUGCAAGCUCAGCGAGGAAGGCAGAGAGAUGACACCAAGCCUCUUUGAUUGGCUUCUAGAGCUGGGUUAAGAAAGCUCACUGGUCCAGCAUUUCUGUUUUAUUCCAGUUUAAACGAGCAGUGGUUUGUGUAACACUCUGAUUUCUGAACAUCACUGAGUAAAAUGUGCAAAGAUAUACAAACUCUACAAAAACAGCACACGUCUGUUCCACAACUCACCAAGGAGCAAAGCGAAACCAAGGUGUUAUUGUGUCUUUCUGUGUCAUGAGGGACUCUUGACAUUGUGCUAUAGGAUGUACUGUACUAGGAGGGGAUGGAUUUUUAGCCUUCUGAAGUAAUGGACUACACAGUAAAGGCUUAAUUACCUAAUAUGUUCAAUUUUCAUCAAAUUGAUUAAAUCAAUCAGCUAAAAUGUACACUAACAUUUAGUUUUAAAACAACACUGAUAUUCGUACAGUUUAAGUAUUAGAACCAGAGUGUGUUUCAGGAUGCCUGAAGACACCCUCGUCCCUAAAUAAGUAGUAUUUAUGUUGGUUUGGUUUUUUUUAAAUCCCCAUAGU